AUGUAUGCCCUAACACCUGAAGAGGCUGAAGCCAGUACUGAAGUAGUAGCAGGUAUACCUGUAUAUGUCUUAUUCAAUUCCAGAGCUUUGCAUUCAUUUGUGUCUAAGAGAGUUGCUAAGAAGCUUGAUGUACCAUCUAAGACCUUAAAAUGUAAGUUAGUAGUUAGCACGCCCACGGGGACUGUGGAACAGUUGAAAGAAGUGUGUGGGCCAUGUUUAGUUGAGAUUAAUGGAAAGAAACUAGAUAUCCAGCUUAUCAAAUUCAAUAUGAAGAAUUUUGACGUCAUUCUGGGAAUGGAUUGGUUGUCGGCUCAUUGGAAUAAUGUGAUCUGUGCUGAGAAAAAAGUUAAGAUGAAGGAUGACAAAGGAGUAGAGCUUAUGUAUCAAGCUGAAAGGUCGAGUUGA